AUGACUUCGUCGAGGCCGUCGAGCUUGGCUCUGAUGCCUCCAGCCUCGGCGUCCCCAGACCGAGCGUCGCCUCCGUCGCUCAGACAAAUCUUGACCAACACGGCAUUGCCACCUUACACACUUGGCGCUUUCAUGACCUUCUUGUCUCAAAACCAUUGUCUUGAGACCCUCGAGUUCACAAUGGACACUGAACGUUACAGAACGGCGUACUUCGAGCUUCAUGCCGGGCAGACUGCCGGGACGGGCGACGGUACCGAGCACGUGUGCUCCCUCUGGCAGAAACUCAUGCGUGCUUACAUAUUACCAUACGGACCUCGCGAAGUGAACCUUCCGGCGCAUGUUCGAGACCGUCUGUUGUCACUCCCGGCUACCGUUGUGCCUCCAGAUCCCUCCGAGUUGGAUGAGGCGGCAAGGAUUGUUUACGAACUCAUGAACGACUCGGUAUUAGGACCCUUUCUAGCAUCAGUAUCACUACCGCCUGAUGAGGCUCCUGAGACCGAAGCGCACGAUCCCAAGCAAGCUCGAUCACGACUCCGACUCUACAGGGAGUCGUCAAACUCCGAAGACUCGAAUCGAUCACCCAUCCCGGGUUUCUUACCUCUGCUUAACAUUGCUUGGACCAGCGAGGCUAGGAAUUCUUCGGCCUCUUCGUCCAGCGAUCCCACCGACCGUCAAGGCGGGCUCACAGAUCACAGUGCCAACACGGCUUCUCCGACUGAACGGCUCGAACCGAUGACACCGCCCACAACACCGCCGAGCACAGAUCUAGGGUUCAGUACAUCUCCAGGGAGCUUUCACCGGGCUAUCACCGCGCACAACAACGGCUGGAAGAAGAUGGGGGCGAAGCUUGGCCUCAGCAGGAAAGGCCGCAACAAGCAACCCACAUCUGCCGGGCCCGCAUCCGACUCAUCCCUGAGUGAUCCCAGCCAGAACAACAGCAACCCGCAAUAG